AUGACUUCGUAUUUUGUGACUGGAACUUCCAGAGGAAUUGGUUUGGGUUUGGUCAAGGAAAUCUUGAAAAGCCCAAACGCUACUGUUUUUGCUCUUGUUAGAGGUUCUUCCAACACUGACGAGUUGAAAGCUAUCAAGUCUUCCAGACUUCACAUUGUGACUGCUGAUAUUUCCAACACAUCUGAAGUCGAUGAAGUAGUUAAGCAAGUUGAAAAAAUGACCAGCUCGUUGGAUGUGAUUAUCUUGAACGCUGCGUUCCCUAUGUCAGACUUCAAAACCCCUUUGCAAUUAACCGAGACCCCAGAAGCUUUCAAGGAGUUCGUUGAAGAGUCAAACAAGAUCAUGUAUGUCAACACCUAUUCUCAACUUUAUGUGGCCAACAAGUUUCGUCCCUUGCUCUCCAAGGGAGAAAAAAAGAAGAUUGUUUUCGUAUCUUCUGGUCUCGGCCAUGCUGGUUGGGUUUAUAAGGGAGGUCAGCAUUACAUGACGUCUUAUGCUUCCAGUAAAGCGGCUCUUAACCUCAUCGUUGCUCAACUCGGUGCUGUUCUCAGAAGCGAAGGAUUCACCGUGCUUGGACUCUGUCCCGGAAUUGUCAACUCCGGUCGGUUAGCCGAUGAGGAAGUCGAACAAACCUACGGAAUUUUCUUUUCGGGCGCCAGAAGAGUCAACCCUACAUUCAAGGGAAUUUUGCUGUUGGAAGAGGCAAGUACCAGAUUCAUGCAAGCGGUUGAGUUCUACGGCCCAAUGUCCAACGGAAGAUUCAUUAGCGCCAACGGAACCGACGAUGUGUUUGCUUAG